UUGAAUUUUUUGUAUUGUGUUGUUUAAUCCACCUAAUCUGUUUAAAGGUUUUAAACGUUUCCGUAAAGGAAUGCUAGUUGAAUUCCCUGAUAGUAUUUUAAUAUGGCAAUGUUGUUGAAAUGAAAGGAAAACAAGAUGCCGUUGCCAGUGGUUAAGCUAAUUGCAUUGUGGGUGAUUUCGCUUUUUUUUAAAAGCAGGUAUAUUUUGGUAUUGUGUAGUGAUGCUGCUUUUCGAGAACAAAACCGAUUCAUAUGAAAUUCAUUAAUGUAAAAUAAAACUAUUCUCGGGAUUUAUGUCGAAUGACCGAUGCUUUGGAAAUAUUAAAACGUUCAUAAAUAUGCAUGACGUAUUCAAACGUUUUAAUAAAAUGUGGUGUUUUAGUGACGAAUUGCACGUGUGCGUUAGUUCAGUUUCGCCAAAGCAUUAGAUUUAUGAACCCUGAUUUAAUUUGACCAAAACACCUACCGUCAUUGUAUUGCCAGUUUACAUUUAUCGUAUCCUUUUUCAAUUUACUGUGUAUAUGAAGUACUUGAAAAUAAGCACAGUAGAGCAGAUACUUAUGUAACUGUUUGUAGAUCUUUAACAACUUACACAAUUCAAAUCAUAUAUUAUUGUAUACUGCAAGUUUAUGUAUUCUGCUUCAAUGCAUUUAACCAGUGCAUUUUCAUCCAGCAUGGUAGGAAAAGCAUCUGAUGCCUUUUUUCUCUUAAGUUAACUAUACUGUGAUGCCUCCAGGAAUUAUUUUUAUGAACACUUGGACAAAAUUGAUUAAAUGCAAUACAUUGUGUGUAGGCUUAAAAUUGUUAGGGUAAAAUGCUUUGAUCUGAGGCAAACGAAUUUAACUCAUGCAGUGCAAGUGCUUGCUUUGUCACUUAUCAGCCCCCUUUUUAAAUGGAAAAUGAUUUUGAGUUGAGGCACUCAAUAGGAUUGAUAAGUGGUGUAGAAUGUUCUUGAUUUGAAAUGUGUUGGGUUUUGUGCUGAAAGGUGAUUUUGGUGUACUUGGAUGAACAUGGUUGGAGAAUAUGAAACCUGGGUGAUUUUUUUUUUUUUGGCCUGGAAGGAAAGCUGAAAUUACUGAGCUGAACUCAGGAAGAAAUCAUGGGGACGACUUGAUUUUUUUUUUUUUUUUUUUUUUGGUGAAUUGGAAUGCAACAGAAGGUGCUGUGAAUUUUUUUUAACUGACUUUUGGAAACUGAACUGGGAGACAUUAAUUGAUUUUUUUUUUUUUAAUAUUUUCUGUUCUAGGCUGUUUCUAACAUCGGCCCAUCAUGAAAUGCAGCGUAAUAACAACACAUACAUGGAAUAAUGGCUGUAAAACAGUCCAGUGACAUGUUUUUACGUUGCACAGCUUACACUUGUUGUGGAAUUGCAAUGACCCUCAAUGAUGUGAGGGUUUUUUAUGCUUCAUAUUUGUAUGUGCUGCUGUGUUUUGGAAGUUCUGGAUUCAUGGAAACUGGUUUGCAAUUCUGUUGAAGUGACUUGCCUAUAGACCUGGACCACAUUAUUUGUUCAGUUGCCUUGGGGUGCUGAUAUUGUGCUCAGCAUGGCUGUGGUCAUCCGUUUACAGGGCCUUGAAAUCACUGCAGGGUCUGAGGAUAUACGCAGUUUCUUCACCGGACUGACAAUACCUGAUGGUGGGGUACAUAUAAUUGGUGGGGAGCUUGAAGAGGCUUUCAUUAUUUUUGCCACUGAUGAAGAUGCAAGGCGUGCUAUGACACGAUCAGAAGGAUGCAUUAAAGGCUCUCCAGUCCGUCUAUUGCUGAGCAGCAAGACGGACAUGCAAAACACUCUUGAGGCAAGCCGGAAAAAACCUGGAAGUAUUAAUAGGGACGUUGCAGACGAAAGACCAGCAUUCAGAAGGUCUGAAACAAGGAACCUGCCUACGACCUUUGCAAAGGAUCUAGUUGCAGAAAUACGAAGAAUGAAACAUUCAAAAUUUACGUCUGGCUUGCAGGGUUCUGGAUAUGUGGAUAUUGACCCUGAUGAUAAUCUUUUAGCUAGUAAGUUGAAUUGUGAUGGCCAUUAUUUGUAUUUGCGUGGAAUGCCAUUUUAUGUCACAGAAGAUGAUGUUCGAAUGUUUUUCAAAGGAUUGGCAAUAGAUGACAUCAUCUUGCUGAAAAACGGACGAGGCCAAAAUAAUGGAGAAGGCAUGGUUAAGUUUGCAACUCUGCAGGAUGCACGUGAGGGACUUAAACACGACAGAGCAUAUAUCGGAACUAGAUUUAUUGAAGUGAAUACCUCUACAGAGAAGAAGUGGAUUGAUGCAAUGGGUUACAGAAGGCGACAUGAAGAGACUCUCUGUGAUCGCUCCAGAGAACGGUCACCAGUAUAUGUGAAAAGCUAUUCUAAGGAACGUUCAAGGUCACGGUCACUGAGAAGAGAACAGCCUAGUGAGGAGGAGCGUUGUGUCCUGGUGGAAAACCUGUCUCAUUCUAAUGACAAAAGGGAUAUCAAGAAAUUCUUCCGACCUGCAGUCUUGGCUGAUGACCAGAUUUUGUGGUUACAUGACAAGUAUGGUGGCAAGACCAGAGAGGCUUUUGUUUUAUUUAAGAAGUUAAGGGAUUAUUGCAGUGCAUUAGACCGCAAAAAGGGUAGGCUUGGGGACCGCACGAUAUACAUAUCUCCCAUUUCAAAGAAGAAAAUGGUGGAAAUGAUUGAUGCUGAGAAGCAGAAGCUAGAAGUGUACCAUGAAAGAUCUGUUAAAUUGCAGGGAAAAAAGCAGCAUUCAUCAAGCAACGACUAUCCAUCUCCAAGAACUUGCAUCUACGUGCGAAACCUUCCAUUUGAUGUCCAAAAGGAGGAGUUGAGGAAUUUCUUUGCUGGAUUUUGGCUAACUGAGGAUUGCAUUCAUUUGCUUUAUGAUGACAAAGGUGUUGGGCUUGGGGAGGCGUUGGUAAAGUUCAAGUCUGAGAACUGGGCAAUAAACGCAGAGCGUUUGAAUAGGAGACAGUUUCUAGGACACGAGGUGUUGCUGAGGCGUAUUACAAGGGAACAAAUGCAAGAAUUUGGUGUUGCAGACCAUUUGGUAAAGGAAGAAGACCCAAGAGAGAGUAUUCCUCCAAGAUACAGUGGAAGUAAUGAGAAGUCCUUUUUCUCAGAUGAAGGAGAAGUUUCAGCACCUGCAUUAAGUGUUCACUCAAAAACAAUUUCACCCCCCAUGCAGGACUUCAUGUUUGGCCAUAAUACUGGUAACAGUGGAUUGUAUCAAGCAGUGGAUAAUACUGGUGGUUUUUGGGAUGGAGGGCAAGGAACUAUGCUCCAUGUAAAUGGAUCAAGUGGUUUUGCAGAACGUGAUGGUCCCACUUGUGUCAAACUGAUGAACUUGCCAUUCCAAAUAAAUCUCAACGAAAUCUAUGACUUCUGUUAUGGCUACCGUGUAAUUCCAGGCUCUGUAUCAUUGCAGUUCAACAAGAAAGGUUUGCCAAAAGGUACUGCAACAGUUGUCUUUGAAACACAUGAGGAAGCACAGUCUGCUGUGAAGGAACUGAAUGGCAGACCAAUUGGUACUCGAAAAAUCAGUUUGGAUUUCCUUUAGACUAAUGUGGGGUUGAGUGACUAGGAUCAGUGCAAAUAAAAUAUUGACAUUUGAUGUAAUUGCUAACAAAUGACUGAACAGCAUCUCAUUGUGAGUUUAAAAGAGAAAUACAUAAAUGAAACUUGUGUAAUUGAAGUGGCUGUUUGGAAUCUGAACUCUGUUGAUUUAGCGCAAAGCUGACAUUGAUGGAUAAAGUGGAAUUUGUAUCCUAUCUGUUUUUAUUUUUGAGUUUUAAACAUUGCAGCUGUGGAUAAAUGUAAGACUGCUUUUCAAUUGCAUCUGCAACAUCAGUAGUUCUGCCUACCAGAUGAUACAUCCAGAACCUGACAUUUUCCUAAUUUGAUGUUUUUUUUUUUUAGUCCUAGCCAAACAGUUCUGUAUUGAGAUUUAAAUAUUUAGUAUGCAUCACUCUUUUGUGCUGAAAAGAGAAAGAGUAAAAAAAAAAAAAUAAGGCUCUGUAAAUUUGUUGUUCAUUUGUUCCAGCCAAGUCUUUUACUUUUGUAUAUUGGGUACUCGGCCUCAGUGUUCAAUAAAUUUUCCGUAAUUCUAGAAA